AUGGCCACUGAUUCGUCCAACCGUGAGAACGAAGAAUUAUGGGACCUAUGUUAUGAAAUUCAUAGUAUAGUUCUUAGAACAUAUGUUGCAGGUUAUGUUUUGGUGUGGAUGACUAUUGAUCUGAGGACCUAUAUACUAGGAUCCUUCAGAGGAUUUUCCUUAGAAAUUAUAGUAUUAAAGCCAAAGUUAGUAUUAUUCUUGGAACCUAUAAUUCUAAAUCACAUCUUGGUAUUGUCCUUAGGAUCAAUAGUUCUGGAUGAUAUUCUAGUAUUGUCCUUAGGACUUACAGCUCCAGUUGACAUCUUGAUAUUGUCCUUAGGACCUAUGUUACUACGACCCAUCCUAGUAUUGUUCUUAGGACCUGUAGUUCUAGAUCACAUCUCAAUAUUGUCCUUAGAACCUAUAGUUCCAGGUGACAUCCUAGUAUUGUCCUUAGAACUUAUAGUUCCAAGUGUCAUCCUAAUAUUGUCCUUAGGACAUACAGCUCUAGUUGACAUCUUGAUAUUGUCCUUGGGACCUAUAUUACUAAAAACCAUCCUAGUAUUGUUCUUAGGACCUAUAGUUCUAGAUCACAUCUCAAUAUUGUCCUUAGGACCAAUAGUUCUGGAUGAUAUCCUAGCAUUGUCCUUAAGACUGAUAGUUCCAGGUGACAGCCUAGUAUUGUCCUUAGGACUUACAGCUCCAGUUGACAUCUCGAUAUUAUCCUUAGGACCUAUAUUACUAAGACCCAUCCUGGUAUUGUUCUUAGGACCUAUAGUUCUAGAUCACAUCUCAAUAUUGUCCUUAGAACCUAUAGUUCCAGGUGACAUCCUAGUAUUGUCCUUAGAACUUAUAGUUCCAAGUGUCAUCCUAAUAUUGUCCUUAGGACAUACAGCUCUAGUUGACAUCUUGAUAUUAUCCUUAGGACCUAUAUUACUAAGAUCCAUCCUAGUAUUGUUCUUAGGACCUAUAGUUCUAGAUCACAUCUCAAUAUUGUCCUUAGGACCAAUAGUUCUGGAUGAUAUCCUAGCAUUGUCCUUAAGACUGAUAGUUCCAGGUGACAGCCUAGUAUUGUCCUUAGGACUUACAGCUCCAGUUGACAUCUUGAUAUUGUCCUUAGGACCUAUAUUACUACGACCCAUCCUAGUAUUGUUCUUAGGACCUGUAGUUCUAGAUCACAUCUCAAUAUUGUCCUUAGGACCUAUAGUUCCAGGUGACAUCCUAGUAUUGUCCUUAGGAUUUAUAGUUCCAGGUGACAGUCUAGUAUUGUCCUUAGGACUUACAGCUCCAGUUGACAUCUUGAUAUUGUCUUAG